AUGGAUAAGCUCCCGUUACCAAGAGAUAGGGAGACCAUUUGGGGCGUAUUCCAUGAGGAAUCUCCUUUGAUCAGGCUUACGUUUAUGUACGAAGAGGGUCUGAACCUUUUCAAUUACUCAGCUACCUUCAGCCGGUUCAGCGACUUACCCGUACCUUUGAUAUGGAUGAAGAGUUUAGAAGCCAUAACCUCCCCUUUAUAUUUCAUCAACAGUUCAGUGAAAACCACUUUUCUAUCCCAACUUGCCCCUGUUAUGUACCUGCAAUCUGAUUGCAAUACUUCGACUGACAGAGAUGCCUACGUCCAAAAACUGAUGCAGCAUAUUAGUGUAGACUCCUAUGGUGCUUGUCUUCGCAACAAACCGUUGCCUCUAAAUGGAAUCUAUUCUAACGAAGGUUUCUACAAGUACAUGCAACACCUUUUCGGACAAGAGCUCUUAAGAUUCAUGGCGAGAUAUAAGUUCAUGAUCACGAUAGAAAACUCUGUUUGCAACGAUUAUGUAACAGAGAAGCUCUGGCGCGCGAUAGAAGUGGGUGUGGUGCCGAUCUACUACGGCUCGCCGCUGAUCAGGGACUGGCUGCCGAACAACAAGUCGGCCAUACUGCUGGAGGACUUCCCCACGCCGGAGCUGCUCAGCCAACACCUGCACUACCUCCUGAACAACGACACGGCGUACGAAGAAUACCUCGAGCAUAAGACUUUAGGGACUAUUGCGAAUCGAAGAUUGAUUGAGGAAGUAGCAGCAAGGCCUUAUCAAAUGGACUUGCAGACUGCGAGAAAAGAGUUUGAAUGUUAUGUAUGCGAAAGACUCUACACCAGGAGGAGAAAUGAAGUACAUAUAGUAACCAAAAAACAUUACGAUUGCCCGUUACCUAGAUCAGCUUUAACUCUCUCUGUGAACGAAAGUAGUUCGUGGCUGGAAAGAAUAAGAAAAGCGAAGAUCAAAAUAGAGAAGUUGCAAGAAGAAAUUAGAACGGCGAAUCGUACCCUGCGUAGUUCUGUUACCAGUUUUGAUUUUGAUGGAAAAUCAAUAGAAUAG